ACCAUAGUUGGUAAAUAGAUCUAGGCCCGUCACAUUAUGAGUUAUGGGUCAAGCAAACACUUUGGGUCCUAUUAUUUUCGGCCCUAAGUUUAUUGAAUUUACAGAAGCCCAUUAUUACCUACAAAAGACAAAGAAAGAAAAUAACAUUCAGGCCAGUGCCGUGGGCGUCCGAUCGCCGUCUGGUGGAAGGGCUGAGCCGCACCGGGCGACGCGUUGGUCACAUGGAGGGUCUCUCAGAGUGACGAUCCGUCCCCGCUGGCCAAGAUAUUUGGAUAGAGCAUUCUCGACGGUUUUUUUUGCCCUCGUACGGUGCCCUGGGCGUCAGAUCUGUGCUCCCGAAGCGCCGACUGGUGCUCGAGGGCAGAAUGUCGCCGUUUAGCAUCGGAUUAGGUCAAGCACAGUUUCUCUUUUUUCAUAUCGAUCCAUUCUUGCGAGGACGGUAAUUGUAUUUAUCUUUUUGGCUUCUUCAAUUAUCUUCUUCUUCAUCUUUCCCUUCAAUACAAAAGGAAAUAAUUA